AUGGCUUUGCUCAGGGCUCAGCCCGAUUACCUGAUCCGGCAGUCAAACAAAGAACCCGAAUGGUCCAGCCUUUGCAACAAUGUCCUGGACGAGUAUCUGGAGACCGAUGACCUCUUUGGCUUUCGGCAGAUCGACCAUGGAAGAGACAGCUCGAAUGACUCGGUCCACCUGUUCGACUUUUCGGGGUCAAGCGAACAAAGCCACCAUACGGAAGCCACAUCACCCAUGCCUUCGUGGGAGCCCCUCGUCCCGAAUCCUCUACAGCCCCAAGCCAAAGCACCGGUCGACUUUUGGACAAAGACUUUGAACGCGCUUGAACGGAACGCUGCAGAGUGUGAAGCCAGAACUCUGAGAACGACCAAAUCCCACCCCGACUUUCUGAGCCUCGGGGGACAUCCUUCGCCACCCUUUGUCACGCUAUCGCCAACAGACCAAUCGUAUUACAGCCAGCAACGACUCCCAAGAUCCGCCGCAAACGGAAAGAGGCGCAACAUUACAUCCCGUUCGCUGUCGCGUGGCCGACCGACAGGCGUGACGAAAGGAGCAGUAGCCGGCUCUGCCAAUCCGCACGCUAGUCCGCGUAAGUGCAGCGCCAGCCCAUCAAAGAUGAUGGACCCCUCGCGCUAUCGUUCGGGGUUCAGGGAUGUGUGGACGGACAAGGUCAAGGCCAGCCCGAAGAAGUACGAACUCCGCGUACCUUCAUCGGCAGUGCCUGCGCCGCUCGUUUCUUCUGGGAGGACGCCAUAUGAUGAAGAUUUUGCUGCGCUCGGGUCUGAUCGACUAUACUCCGCCUACGACGAGCAUAUUUCGCCUCUGACAAAGUCGUUCCAGCAGACGUACAUCCAUACCCCUAUCGCGUCGCCGAGGGUGAACUACGCAGCGCAUGCACACAACUCCUACUUUGAACCCCCGCCUCUUUAUCCUGCGAGUCAAUAUGGCCAGCAAUCACUCCCGCUGAACGACACUGCUCCGCUGUACAACGGACAGGCCACGUUGCUGACUACCAACCGAAUCGGAUCUUUCGACUUUGGCUUUUCCACCUCACCGGAUAGUGCUGUCUGGUGCACUGCAGAUGCACUGCAGACUUCAUCACCGUAUACACAGCUUCAUGCACCGAUGGGCGGUCUGCCUCUCGGCAUCUUACCCACCCUGGAGAACAACCACAUGGCCAACAGCAAUGGUCUCGGAAUCAGCUGUGAGCCUUCAUUAGUCUGUCCGCCGACAGCUUCCAUGUACAGGCACAACGAGUUUGAAACCACAUACAACCAACAGCUCCUGCACGGCCUUCCAAGUACGCCGCACCAUCGUCACACGCGAUCAUACGACCGCUCCGAGUCGCCAUCUCCGCCAACGACAGAGCCGCGAUCAUCGAAGAGAGCCUCAGGAACACGGCGAGCAUCACGACAUCGCAGAACGAAGUCGACCAAUUCCACCCCCCGACAUCCGCAGCAUGUCGAACGGAGUGGAUUUGUCAACUUCACGCCGGACGAUAGUACGAAAUUGCUCAGUGGAGUUGCACCGUCGGGCAGCUCGAAGACGAAAGCGAAGCGGGAGAAGGAAGCGGCUGAGAAGCGACGCAGACUUAGCCAAGCGGCGAUUCGGGCGGUCGUUGAGGCUGGUGGGGAUGUGGGUGCGUUGAGUAAGGCUGGAUUGUUACUUUGA